GAACAUUUGUCACCUAAAAAAGUGCCUCCCGGUCUCCCACUCUCUUCUAUUUCUCUCUAUCUCUCUCGCGAUGUUAGGGUUCUUCUCGUCUUUCGUCGCCGGCGAAUCCCUGUGAAGUGUUUGUAUGAGACGUCUUCUUCAUUGCUCCGGUUGUUUACUUCGCGCAGUGGCAAAUGAGUGGGGUAUCAAUGGGAUACACUCGAUCACGACCUUUUAAUGGGGAAAAUAUGCUGAGGAGAUGUAGCAAUAACACGCAAGCUGAUAAUGUUAUUCUGAUAGAUGAUGAUAAUGUUAUUGUUAUUGAUUCUCCUGAGUAUUUGCACAAAAAUGUUCAACUUCCAAGCAUGCAGAGUCGUGCCAAUAGAUGCCCACAGAAGACAGUAAUUUUCUUGGAUGAUGACGAAAACAAUGAAAACAACCAUUCCACUAGUGGCCGAGAAAGUGACUUUUUAAAUAAUCCAUCAUCUAGCCAGAGACCUUUCCCACCGUUUAAGGAUGCAAGAAAGACUCCAGAUGACAAUGGUGAUGAUUGUCAAUUUGUGCGAGAAAAUAAAGCUCCGGUAAAGCUAUCAAAAUGCAAAAGAACUUACUCUGGUAGAGCGUCCUCCCGGAAUCGGUAUGGUUUGACUUCUGAUUCAGAGAGCAGUUCAUCUGAUUCUGAUUCUGAUUUUGAGUUGAUGGUAGAUUCUGUUGGAAAGCUUCAAGAAGAAUGGGAGAAAGCUUCCUCAAGGAGGAAAUAUGAUGGUCAUAAUACUCAAUCUGGUGUCAACAUAUUUGACAAUACAUCAAUGGCUGAUUUACAAGCUGAGCAUGGCCAAACUGAAGAACAUCCUGCUUUUUCUAGUAUGGGUAAAGCCAGUAAUGAGAAAGAAGAUAUGUCCCCCUUUGAAAAAGGAGAUGAAAGCUCCAGUGCUUCGAGUUCAAGAAAUGAAGAUGAACAAAACCCUAAAGAUUUUUCAUCUUUUUAUGAAAACUUUGCUGAUGAUUUGGAAAUGGAUUUUCAGGAUAAGGGGAAAAACCAGUCUGCCGACCCAUGUGAAACAAGACCUGUGUCACAACAUGGUGUCAAAAACUUCUGUUACACAAAAGAUGGUUCAUUAGGAAAAGGGGAUUGCUUACGUGAAGAUCCAUGUUCCUCUGGAGCUCAAGACAGUCAUGACCAAUGUAUUUUCACUGAAUAUGGGAGCCCUUUUCCAGGUCACAUGCAUUCUAUGGACAACUUUAGCCCUUGUCCAGGUCAAACUUCAUCUGGUAGAAAUUUCUCACCUGGCGUAGGAAUUGGCACUGGAAAAUGUCAUUAUCAGGACAAUGGUGAAACUCCACUUGAGAAACCAUCUAAAUCCUGUAAACAUCUUGGGCCAGAGGAAGAGACUGUUAGUUCUCCAUCUAAGAGUCAGCAGGAGGAAAAAUCAGAAUACCUAUUGCAUUCUCAUGGCUAUGAUGAUGGACAGAACAAUGAUAGUAGUAUAAUUACUGAAAGAGAAAGACUUAAAGAAACUGAUGAAUACAAGAAGGCGCUAGAGGAAGAACUAGCUUCUAGGCAAAGAGCAUUACAGAUUCAGGCUGAAGAAGCACAAAAUUUGCGGAGGUUGUUGAAGAGAAAGAAAGCUGAACAAAUGCGUUUAUUAGACAUGGAGAGAAGACAAAAACAGCGUGUGGAUGAAAUGAGAGAGACACAGAAGAAGGAUGAAGAAAAUAUGAACAUGAAGGAGGUGAUUCGCAAUCAAGUUAGAAGUGAACUGAGUAAACUAGAAACAACAUGCAGAGAUAUGGCUUCUGUGCUGCGGGGUUUGGGAAUUUUUGUUGGUAGCAGCCCUUUUCCACAAUCAAGUGAGGUACGAGCAGCUUACAAAAAGGCCUUACUGACAUUCCACCCAGAUCGAGCUUCAAGAGAUAAUAUUCGUCAACAGGUUGAAGCUGAGGAAAAAUUUAAGCUCAUCUCUCGUAUGAAGGACAAAUUUUUCCCAACCUUAUGACACUUAGCAAUGGUUUAAAACUAGCAAAAUUUUAACCAUCGGCCUUGUAUUAGCUAGCCUUCUUAGAACCACCUGGGUGGAUAUACUUAUUAUAUACUCAGUAGUAAAAAGUGUAAUUUGUUUGUUUGUUUGGGCUGAUUCCUCAAUUUUUUCCUGUAGCAUAGCUAUUCCAGGAAUUGAUACCAAAAUACAUUAUGUAUUUUUUGUUUGUCUACUGAAUACACUU